GUACUGUGUUGAAUACUAAGUCCAAUUUUUCUUUAAUUUUAUCUUGACUUUUUCUUUCACUUUAAAAGCAUGAUCUAAUGCCCAACUAGAAGACGAAGUUAGCUCGCUGUGUGUGUGUGUGCGUAUCCACUAUCGUCUGCUCGACAUGCAGCUCUGUUGACAAAUUGUGUUGUUUUGUUUUUGACCGCUACCUGAGGGAGAAGUAAAGAGAUAAAGAGUGUCUUGUAACACACUAUCUCUCGAUGGACUUAGUUCAAAACAGACCAAACUCACAAUGCCUGCUGUGGUAGUACUUGUUGGAAGGAGAUAGGUACUUCGGAAGGUUCACUAGACUUCAGUGUGGCUCAACAUUCUUAGAUCUGGAUUAAACUUGCAACGUGUCCAGCCCACUGAGGUUUUUUUUCAACACGGUAGAUACAGUUUUGAACCUAACUCGAGACAAUGAACGCACCCCCAAAACAGUUUCUACUCGGCCUGCUGGCCGGAUUGUCCUUGACUUUUCUGAUCUACAGCUAUGUCCACCUCAGCUACCGAGAGCCACCACACCCGACAGAAUUCCGGUCAACUAGCCUUCUAGACAGCUUGUCAAAAAAGCAGGACAGCCACGAGCAAUUUGAUCAGGUCAUCGCCCGUUCCGCUCUUCCGGAAGUCCAUCUUGAUGAGGAUAAGCACAUGCAUCAUGACGAUGACAAGGAGGCCAAACAACUUGCUGAGAAAAUUAAAGUUCUGGUCUGGGUCAUGACCAACCCAAACAAUCUGAAGAAGAAAGCCAAGAUCGUAAAGGAGACUUGGGGCAAGCGCUGUAAUAAGGUGAUCUUUUUCAGCUCAGAGACCAACAAUGACUUUCCAACUAUUGGAUUGGACGUACCGGAGGGACGCGAGCACCUGACAGCCAAAACCAUGCGCGGCUUCCGGUACGUGUACGAGCACCACUUCAAUGAUGCUGAUUGGUUCAUGAAGGCUGACGAUGACACGUAUGUAAUCGUAGAGAAUCUCAGGUACUUUUUGUCUGACCAGAACACUAGUGAACCCAUUUACUUUGGACAUCACUUCAAGACCAUUGUCAAACAGGGCUACUACAGUGGCGGAGGGGGCUACGUUCUUAGCAAGGAGGCCCUCAGAAGGCUGGCCGAGAAAGGAAACGACUCCAACACUUGCAGGCAGGAUGGAGGCGCAGAGGACGCCGAGCUUGGGCACUGCAUGCAGAAACUGGGCGUGAAGACGGCCAACAGCACAGACGCUCUUGGCCGGAGCAGGUUCCAUUGCUUUGACCCCGAGACACAUCUCUUCGGUGGUUACCCGGAUUGGUAUUACCAGUAUGAUGCCAACGGAGCUAAAAAGGGAAGGGAGAGUAUCAGUGACUACGCCAUCAGCUUUCACUACGUCCCACCAGAGAAAAUGCUGACGUUGGAGUUUUACAUCUACCACCUGCGUCCUUACGGAAUUAAUUCUGGAAGGCAAAAUUUGAAUCGCAAAGCAGACGGCGGUUGAAUCGGGUGCAGCAGAACUAGUCAAUCAAAUUGUUGCCUUUUAUAUUGGUUUUUGUUUUCAAAAAGUAUGUAUGUGAUAUUUUAAUAUAUAUUUUGAAGUCCAUAAUUCUGUUUCAGUAAAUAGUGGCUAUCUUUAACGCUUGACAAAGUCAUAGAGAUUUCGUAUGAAAGGGUAUCUCUAUAAGAGCACAAUUCUGACAUUAUCCGCUUUCUUAUAAGGGUAGUGGCUGAUAACAAUAUAGGUUUCUAGUUAAAUGGUUGAGAAUGUGACAUUAAACUAUUGAAAAGGGCAAGUACUUCAAUGUGAGACACAAACUAUUUUUUUUUGCAUUGCUUAAUUGGCAUUCCUAAAAGAUCGCGAUAUUAUAACAUUUUGUGUGACGUACGUAAUUCGGGAUUUAUUUUGUAUUAUUUUUUGUUGGGGGGGGGGGGGGGGGAGCAGAAAGGACGCUAAAAUUUUCCGCGUAUUAUAUCAUACGAUUAUUAGGGAUGACAAAAUAAUGAAGUUAGUAGUAGUGGGAUAAUACUUGGCUUUAGUUGCACGGUGUUGAAACACUUCCGGUGUCUUUAUGUCCACGAUACAAUGAAGACAACGCCUACCUGAUCAUCUGCAGAAGUAGUAUGUUUAGUAAAAAACACCUAACUAUGACAUACAUUGAAACCUGCUGAUUGUUUGUAUUUAUCAAAAGUCAACAAGGUCAUCUUACUGCCUUUAGUGGUUUUAUUUUUUCUAACUCUAAAUAAUUUGUUAAUAUUGAAAGAGAUGUAUUUUUGUAAAAAAUAAACAUAAAAAAAAAAACAACAAUCUAACCAAACAAAGGAAAAAAACUAUUUAAGUCUAAAUUGUAGAACUAACUAUGUACUAAUCCCACAAUGAACUGUGUAAAAGUCUAAAUUACCACUUCAGGGUUAAGUUUCUUUCUGUCUUGUAAAAAUAAAUAAUAUCUCUUUACGUUUCACAUUCCGCCAUGGGUUGCUAUAAUCACGUGACAGAUUACUGAGUGCGGUUAGCCAGUAGACCCAUAGAAGAUUAGCAAGUUUUUUUACGGUUUGAGACUUUUUAAUUUUUAUUUUGGCAGUCUCCAAACACGGGCCAAAUGUUGUUUUUUGUAGAUCUAGAUUUAAUCACGUCUCACGAAUUCAAUGAAGAUAAUUAUGAACAGCAAAACUUUAUUGCUAGACUUUACUUCAUUUAGGUGGCAAUGAAAUAGUUUUAAUUUUAUUUUUAAAUGUGUGUAUACCUUUUCGAGACAUUCAAAACUUUUGAAGCAUGGAAAAAAAAAAGGACCACCAAAUAGGUGUGAUCAUCAUCAUUAUAUGUUGUAUGACUUUCGUCGUAGGGGGCAAUGGCACAGCCAGGGAUUAAGGGGCCCGGGCCUUGACCUUUUUCGGGGCCCCUGCAUUUUGACAUUCGACAUCGUGACAUGAGAUAAUGUGCUUAAUGUAUCAUAUCAUCUAGAUCAAUGCUUUCUAGCAUUUUUUUUUACUCCACGUGAAUAGGAAGAUUACAUGGCAGUGAUGGGCCCGCCUCAAGUGGGGUCCCGGGGGACUUUCAAAUUCGGACCCCCCCCCAACCCUCCACUGGUAGAAGGGAUAGUAAGGGCCCUCCCCUCAACAUUUGAUCAAUUAUAGUUAUUUAACAGCAAUAGUGCGGCCCCAAGGAGUAGAUUUGUAAACCUAAUGUUUGAACAAUAACUACGAACUGUUCUAGCUACUUCUAACUUGUAGAGUCCACAACUGUAUGGGACUUCACAGUUGAAUUGACCAACAAAGUGUAAAAAAGCUUUGUACUUAGAUUUUAAUGUACAUUCAAUGUUACAUAUCUACUGAGCUUGCGGGCGUGCUUUCAAAUCAAUUUGCCUUCAAAUUUGGGAAGGGGGGGGGGGGUAUGCAAAGAAAGUCAAUAGGGCUUCAAAAGAAGAGGACCCAUUCAAAGCAGAGACACAGAGACAACAAAUACCUAUUUGUGUCAACUCAGUUGGUUUCAGAUCGAGUCCCGAGACGGUACUUAAUGGGAAAAAAAAGACAACUUUGACAUAAUCUUUCUUUUCAACUUUUUUUCUUUUAAAUGGUUCAGUAAAAGUUGGUGACUCUGGUGAUUUGUUCACUUUCUCCUUGUACCGAUCACAUUGAAUGACUGAGUGCACUAGGUCCACCUAGACUCGUCAUUUCGUUACUAAAGAAAUAAGGCACUAACGCAUUCAAAUACAGAUAUUGACUUUCUCAAGUAUCAUGGUCUCAAGACCAUUCCUACAUUCACAAUUUUAAACUGGCAAUCAGACAGAGCAGCAGUGUCAGCGGCGGCCCCAUUUAGAGGGAAACGACACAUAGACGUUGGAUAAACGUAAUUAUGCGAAGUGAAAUGUUUGCAUGAUGUUGGUCUUCGCUCUCAAGUUUAGGUGGAAACUUUCAAAUUCAUGCAGCAAUUAAACAAACACUUGGUGACACGACUUGAUAUUCACAACUUUCUGGAGAAUUUCUUAGUCUGAAUCUGAGUAAGAAUGGACUCAUGAUAAAGUGUAACUAAACAUACUUAGGGUGGCUGCCUGAAAGUGUAGUAUGCGCUCGGACUGUUACGAUGACUCUGCCGUCCUGCAGGAUAUUUAGACUCUAGGGAAAAAUGUCUCUGUCGGGGGAACUUGUAAAUGUUACACGAGUCAAGUCACACUUCUUAUAAAGCACAGAAGUUACUUCACAAAAGAAGAUGAUUACUUCCUUUGCAUGUACCAAGGUGAAUCUAGUCCUGCAUGUUAAUCAAUGACUUAAACUCUGCCAAAUCGUUGGUUGUCCUGCCUGAUCCAGGCAACCCAUUCUAUGCUCUAAUAGCACCAGGAAAGGAGGAGUAUGUCCAUAAAUACUCUUUGUUCUUGAAACUGAAGGAUGUUUCUAUUUCUGCGUGUCAUCUAAAUUUAGUUGUGUUUUUCUCUUUUACACCAGACUAUCAUUAUUGGUUUAAACAUACAUGACCGGUGGCGAAAGAAACAUGAUCUUAACAUUAUCUGCCCUAUAGACCGCAUGGUCUAAAAGGGGAACUUUUUACACCUGAAAGAUAAAGGAAAAGAAUCCCCCCUUUUUCAGAUCUUGCAAACUAUAGGGCAGAUCUUCUGUUUCUAUAACCAUGGUUAACGAAGGUGUCAUGUGGCCAGCACAACGACCAACCGCUUUUACUUACACCAACUGAUAUUAUGUACCCAUUAGAGUUGGGUGGACUCGAGGUCAUCCAUAAAUUCCCGAAAUUUGAAAUUUCUGUCUUCACCAAGUUUCAAAGCCGAGACGCCUAGGCUCAGAAUCCAAGCGCUAUACUACUCCGCCACUACAAUCUUGCACACCUGAAAAGCAAAUUCGAAUAUGUGUUUUCCGUAUGCGUGCUUGACUUGAGAGGCACGCUUUAGAAAAAGUCUAGGUAUUGAGAAGCCUGAAUUAGGUCAACAACAUAAGCAACAUUUGUUUUCACCACCAGCGACAUCGUUUAUGUGUUCACACAAUACAGAAGUUUACAAACAGCUCUUCGUUUUCUAAGCUGACUUGCUGGCCUUCUAAAGUGUGUAUUAUUUCAAAGUCACACCGCCCCUAGAGUAGCCAUGUCUCUAUGUGAAUAGUUUAGCAUGCAUUAUCAUGUAUUAUUUGGAUUCAGACAGGUGUAUGACGGCUAGUAGACCGGAACUGAUUCACCACCUCUAGUGAUAACAUAGUGAUACCCUGUGUGAACUGGUGGGACGCAGUGAGUGCUUUGGAGUAAUGGAUUCUUAUUUCAAUAUGGUUGCCGAUAUGACAUUCAAUGGUUUUCUUCUGCGUGUUGCCUUAUAUGCUCUCUCUGUGUGCCAGGAAUAGGCUGUGCUUUAUGAAUAGCUUUUUGUCUUUCUCUGCCUAGAAAGGGACGUGUCAUUAUGAGAUCAUUUGAUUAUCUGGGAUUACUUAACACGGUUGGGUCUUGGUUUGAGUCCCACAUGUGUUCGGUAUAACUGUAGUUUAGGAUAGGUGGAUGUGUUUGUAUGUCAGUGGUUUUGAGUGUUUGUGUGUAGGUAUUUAUUGACAUAAUUAGAUCUAGAGCGGUGAGUAUUUGAUCGAAUGAUUUCGAUUUGUUUGUUACAGAUGACCGACCAUCAGGGGCGGACUGGCUAUACGGGCAUUUGGGCAAAACCCCGGUGGGACGGUACUCCAAAGGGCCUAAAGCGCCUCAUGAAUGCCACUAUGGCACGCAUUAAAUUGUUAAAGGUUUUAUAAUAUUCUCAUAUAUAAGGGGUUAUAUCUUUUUAUAUAUCAAUCUUUUACAGACUAUAGUGUAAUACUAAUUUAAUCUAACACAUUUUCAAAGAUAAUGUACUAGGCUACAUCCGUAGACAGUGCUAUUAGUAGGCUUCAUCCUGUUAGGGCCUACAAACCUAACGAUUAAAAAGCAACCUAAGGCCUAUAUUUCUUAUAAAGAUAUAGAGCAUGCAUACAGUUAUCGAUACAUAAACAAAAAUAACAUAAUAAUUUUGAGAAAAGAGAGGCCUAUAAUUGAAGGCCCAUCAUAUGAUAUACAAUUUAUGAGUUGUACUGUAUAGAAAUGCCUGGGCCGAUUUUGACAUGUAGUCCACCUCUGCCGACAAUUCAUAUUUAGUUCUCAUUACGUAUUCGUGGAUGACGUUUCAUAAUAAGUUGACUUAAGUUGACUAUAACUUACAAUUUACCCAUUCUUUUUUUUUAGCUUACAGCCAGCGUGUGGGGAGAGAGAGAGAGAGAGAGAGAGAGAUGGAAUGGUGUGUAUCUCUAGCACAGUACAUAUAUCUUUGUAGACAUGCAUAGUUUGUUUUAUGGACGGCUACUUUGUCAUCUCAAAACAAUGAUGAUGUCAUUGUCAUUUCAUUCGUUUGUGUCUUGAUACCAUGUCUUUGCAAGUUUCUGUCUUGAUCUGAUGUGUCUACAAAUUUGUGAUUGUGUUGAUAAACUGUGUCUAGAAGUAGGGACUGUCUUGAUAUGAUUUGACAGCAAAUGUGUGAUUUUUGUUGUCACAUUGUGUUUGUGAUUGUGUUGAUAUAAUGUCAGUGUGUCUAAAAAUGUGUGUCUUGAUUCAAUGUGUCUAGAAGUUUGUGUUCGUUACUAUACAGUGUUUCUAAAAGGUAGUGAUUGUGUGAUACAAUGUGUCUACAAGUUUGUAUGUGUAAUAAUAGUCUGAUACAGUGUCCACAAGUGUGUGACUAUGUUGAUACAGUGUGUGACUAUGUUGAUACAGUGUGUCUACACAUUUGUGAUUCUGUUGAUACAGUGUGUCUACAUGUGGGAUUGUGUUGAUACAGUGUGUCUACAAGAGUAUGAUUGUGUUGAUACAGUGUGUCUACAAGUGUGAGAUUGUGCUAAUACACUGUGUCUACAACUGUGUGACAUUGUGCUGAUACAGUUUGUCUACAACUGUGAUUGUGUUGACACAGUGUGCCUUCAAGUGUGGAAUUGUGUUGACACAGUGUGUCUACAAGUGUAUGAUUGUGUUGAUACAGUGUGUCUACAUGUAUGAUUGUGUUGACACAGUGUGUCUACAAGUGUAUGACUAUGUUGAUACAGCGUGUCUACAAUUGUGGGAUUGUGUUGACACAGUAUGUCUUCAAGUGUGGGAUUGUGUUGACACAGUGUGUCUACACGUGUGAGAUUGUGUUCACACAGUGUGUCUACAAGUGUGAUUGUGUUGAUACAGUGUCUCUACAAGUGUGUUAUUGUGUUGAUAAAGUGUGUCUACAGGUGUGUGAUUGUGCUGCUACAGUGUGUCUACAAGUGUGUUAUUGUGUUGAUACAGUGUCUCUACAAGUGUGUUAUUGUGUUGAUACAGUGUGUCUACAAGUGUGAUUGUGUUGAUACAGUGUCUCUACAAGUGUGUUAUUGUGUUGAUAAAGUGUGUCUACAGGUGUGUGAUUGUGCUGCUACAGUGUGUCUACAAGUGUGUGAGUGUUGUUACCAUGGGGUCAGAAGAAACCUGUCCCUCACACUUGAUUUCGUUCCAAAUGUUUACUCAGCGGUUACAUGCAGUGGCGGCAAGUGUGUGGACUAAUGAAGGGGUGGCGAGGGUCAAAUAAUGUCCACAUGUGUUUGAAUGUGUGUGUGAGAGAAACGUGACCGCCCUGGCGAGGGAAUGUUGUCCCCUACAAGGUAACCAAAAGUAGACCUUCUUGAUUUUGAACUAACAUGAACAACCCAACGACUUUGUUAGAAAAAUGUUGAACUUGCCAUGUUGAGUCCCAGAUAACCGGUCCUUGGUUCUUUGUUUAUUUGUCCCUCGACUUACAGACAGCAAGCGAAUUACACUAUAAACAGAGGCGGCGCUAGGAUUUUAAAAUAAGGAAGUUAUACAUUUGAAGAAGAAGAUAAAAGUGUUUCGUGGGAACUGUCAAAAUGCCCCAGAGUAUUUCGACGAGCAGAACAUAAUAAGAAAAAGAAAUAUGGACUACAAAAUUGAGACAGAAGUGUCUUCUAUUGGUGCCCUCCUUGAUCUCUAAAAAGUAUCGACACUGUAACGUUGAAAGGAUUAGAAUAGUUCUGUUUUAAAGCACAUAUCCUGGUCAGACAGAGGACGGAGCUGUUUGCAGUUCGCAGCUAAACGAGUAGAGGGACGGCGUUGGUUUACGCCAAACGACUGCCUGGGAAGUGUCAAUGACGAGUUUCUAUGUUAGGGUCAGUUUGGUCUGCUUUACAAUGUUUGAGGUUAGAGGUUAAAUGCAAUAGAUUCCCCAGAUCCUCAUAAAGAGAGAGUGUUGUGAGCUAUUGUAUGAUUUGUUUAGAGGCGUCCCCCCCCCCCUCCCCUACUUUCUACGUGGCUCCUCAUCGAGCUACAAACAGUGAAGUCCAUCAGUCACUUAAAAGAUUGUUCAUUCCUGCACUCCAUCAGUCACUUAAAAGAUUGUUCAUUCCUGCACUCCAUCAGUCACUUAAAAGAUUGUUCAUUCCUGCACUCCAUCAGUCACUUAAAGGUUGUUCGUUCCUGCAGUCCAUCAGUCACUUAAAGGUUGUUCAUUCCUGCAGUCCAUCAGUCACUUAAAAGGUUGUUCAUUCCUGCACUCCAUCAGUCACUUAAAGGCUGUUCAUUCCUGCAGUCCAUCAGUCACUUAAAGGUUGUUCAUUCCUGCAGUCCAUCAGUCACUUAAAGGUUGUUCAUUCCUGCAGUCCAUCAGUCACUUAAAAGGUUGUUCAUUUCUGUAGUCCAUCAGUCACUUAAAAGGUUGUUCAUUUCUGUAGUCCAUCAGUCACUUAAAAGAUUGUUUAUUUCUGUAGUCCAUCAGUCACUUAAAAGGUUGUUCAUUUCUGUAGUCCAUCAGUCACUUAAAAGGUUAUUCAUUUCUGUAGUCCAUCAGUCACUUAAAAGGUUGUUCAUUCUUGCAGUUCUGUUGAGUACAUGGAGUACUGAAACUUUGGUGUCUGUGUUCAAAUCUGUGUUGAUACUAUUUCUUAGAACAUACACAUUUUUUAGAAUACAAAACUACACAUUUUUUAGAAUACAAAACUACACAUUUUGCUGAAAUAGAAUAAAAAUAAAUAAACUUUAAAAUAGAUAGGUCUUAAAUCCUAGUAAUUACAGUACAUAAGAAUACAUAGAUCUUAAAUCCUAGUAAGUACAGUACAUCUCACGUAGUACAUUCUCCGUAUGUCAUAUAAAUCCCUUGUUAAUAGGGCCUCAAUGCUUAUAACUCUGUCACUAGCGUUAAUAAAUUAGCCAAGGCCAAGGCUCUCACAAUUUCUAAGACCAUUUCACUCUUACAAACUAUGUUUUAUGAAAUAUCAAUUAUGCUAUAAAAGGAUUAACACGUGAUCCAUGUUAUAAAAUACGUACAAUAUGUUUCCAACUCUACUUCGCUCUAGACGUCUCAAAAUGCUGAAUUAGAUUUAAGAUAACAAAAUGUAAUGGAUUGAUUGAUUGAUGGAUUGAUUGAUUUACUAACAAUUUCAACGUUGAGUAGUUGUUUUUCGUCUUCAAUUACAGCCCCUUAUAAGUCUGAUCUAAAUAAAUCAGUUGGUUUGGUCAUGAAGUUCUCCUCAAAACAAAAGUCAGAUCAAACAUUGAUUUAUACACACUUGCUUUACAUGGGUCCUGGCGAAACCAAACUGUAUUUAGCUCUUAUGGCACGACGUUUUCCCCCUCUUCUUAAAUUGUCCCUGCAUUAAGGGGGCGUUCACAUAGGAGAGACAAACACGCCGGUAAGCUCGUGUGAACGUGGACUAAUAAUGCGUCGUUACACUCUUAUUUCGCCUUUUUGCUCUGUCAGUCUCUUUAUAUUAAAUAUGCUGUUAUGUGACGCUGUCAAAAUUAUUAUUUUGUUUUUGUACUACGACGAGGACACAUUUUUUUGUAAAGAGUGGAAAUAUGAUAAGAAAAGUAGAUAGUAUGUAAAGAGAUUUGAUGAACACCUCCCUACCGCACCUGCCUCUUUCUCUCACCGCCCCCCCCCCCAAACAAAAAAAAAAGCGCUCAGACAUGUGACCGAACCCCUAUAAAUAAUAUUGUGAAGUUCUGAUGCCAGAUUGUGCUUUGUCAGCUCUAUGCAUAGUACACAAAGGAAUAACGAAGCGCUCAAUGCCUUGGAUUGCAAACCAAUCAGCAGUUGAAUAUUUAUCUUAUCAUAUCUUUAUCAUAUGAACUAUGUGUACUAUGUACAUGACAUUUUUACUUGUAUGUUGGUUGUUGUUUUUUUGACCUAUUUAUUUGUAUUCCUCCGCCGUGACAAUAUGUAAUCAUGCAUUUAUCUGAAAUGACGGUGUCGAUUUUUUUAAAAUUUCAUUUCAUAUGAUAAGGUCGUUACCAACAUGUAAUCAUCUCAGAUGCCAUUCUGUAUUCAUAUAACACGAUAACAUUGUGUGUUCAUCUAAUUUUAUGAGAUCUUUAUGUGUUCGUUUGACACGCGGGAUAAAAUUGGGGAUUUCUCUUGCAUAACGACUUUGCACAGAGGUUAAAGAGCUUACAGCUCAGCUCCAUAUAGCGGAAGAAGAAGAAAUAUUAGAUAACGAAAGUGUUAAAUAUAACCUUGUAAAUAGAUCACUCUAGAAAUGUAUGAGUCACGUAGUGCUAACAUGAUGUAUGUAUCUCAUAUGAUGACAGCAUUCUGGGUGGAUGGGCCAAUACGUGUACACUACGUCUGCAGUUUUAGAAAUUAGAUUUGGCAGUGUGAGAUUUUGAGACAUUUUCUCCCAUGACAUUUGUUGUUGUCAUUGCUAUUGGUGUAUGUUGAAAUUUGAAAUAAAAAUUCUAUUUUGAGUAAAUGAAA